GUUCAGCCUGCGCAAGAUCCACCAUUAUGUCUAAUUUGUGGAAAAUGCAUAGCGUUCUGUAUCAGUUUUGUGUUUUUUAAGUUUGAAAUCUAAUACUUUUUACAUUAUUGGAAGAACUUUAUAGUCUAAGGGUUUUCUUGGAAUUGGUUUCUAUUCAACAUGAAGUUAGUUGAUCAUGUGGUUCGGAGCUUCAAAGUUGCAAAAGUGUUUCGAGAAAACACCGAUAAAAUUAAAAGUAUAGAUUUUUCACCUAAUGGAGAUGCUUUAAUUUCAUGCAGUGAUGAUGACCAGAUCGUCAUAUACGAUUGUGAAAGAGGAUCUUUGACCAAAACUGUCAACAGCAAGAAGUAUGGUGUAGAUUUGAUUCACUUCACUCAUGCCAAGAAUACUGCUAUACAUAGUUCUACCAAAGUAGAUGAUACUAUCAGGUACCUUUCUCUGCAUGAUAACAAGUAUAUCAGAUAUUUUCCUGGUCAUACAAAGAAAGUUGUUUCCCUAUGCAUAUCACCAAUUGAAGAUUCUUUUAUUUCUGGUUCGAUGGACAAAACCCUGAGGUUAUGGGACUUGAGAUCUCCAAAUUGCCAGGGCAUGAUGCAACUCACUGGUCGGCCAGUUACUGCUUAUGAUCCUGAAGGAUUAAUAUUUGCUGUAGGAAUUAAUUCUGAAAGCAUUAAACUUUAUGAUCUUAGAUCUUUUGACAAAGGUCCCUUUGCUGAGUUUGAUUUAGCUCAAGAAAAAGAAUGUGAUUGGACUGGACUAAAAUUUAGCCGAGACGGGAAAACAAUUCUUAUAUCAACAAACAGAUCGAUUAUACGGCUCAUAGAUUCCUUUAAUGGUACUCCUCUUCAGACAUUUACUGGGCAUAUGAACAAUAAGGGUAUACCAAUUGAGUCUUCGUUUAGUCCUGAUUCUCAGUUUAUAUUUAGUGGUUCCACUGAUGGAAGAGUACAUGUUUGGAAUGCAGAUACAGGUUUUAAGGUUUGUGUUUUGAAUGCGGAUCAUACUGGUCCUGUGCAGUGUGUUCAGUUCAAUCCCAAAUUUAUGAUGUUAGCUUCAGCUUGUACUAAUAUGGCAUUUUGGUUGCCGACUGUUGAUGAGACUGCCUAGUUAUUUUUAUAUUAUCAUUCCCUUAUUUCUAUUCUUUAACCUAUAAGUUUUUUAAUGUGAUAUUACCCAAUCAUUUGGGUAAGACAUGUUUUCAAGAUUAUACAUAGUUGAUUCCAUUUAAAUUUUUUAAAGACAUUUGAUGAAAGUAUUUAAUUUUAAGUAUGUAGAUUAGAGUACAUUUUAGUAAUAUCCAAUUUUACCACUACCUUCCUUCUGUAUUUAAUUAAAUUUUUCUUCCUUAUAAGAUAACAAGUUGUAUAUAUUGAUAAUUGUAAGUUGGAUGUUGAUUGUACCUGUUAAGUUUAGAUUUGUAAAUACUUUUUUUUUACAUCAAAAUGUCCACUGUAGUUUUUUUUGUGUGUUUUAUGAUGAAUUAUUUAUUAAAUUUAGAUUGACGAACCCACCAAUGUUAGUCCUCUGUAUUAAGGCUAGGUGUGAUGCACUGUUGAUCUUUGAGUGAUUAUAAAGUCUAUUAUAUCUUAAUCUGCUACAGUGGUCAUUUUCAUCAAUAAAUUUUAGUAGUUAGUAUGUUGUAAAAUUAUAUAUUUAGAAUUUUCAUUUUUAGUAAAGUUAAUAUGAGAUAAGAACAGUCUGAGAUGUAUUUUCAUUGUUAAGGGGUUGUAAAGAGAAAAUAUCUUCCUUGCACGUUUUUGCAGUUUCUUUUUUAACUGAUAUUAAACAUAUUCUUUUAGAGAAUGGUCAUUUCUUUCUUUAAUUAUGAAAUUGCAAAGGAUUUUUAAAGGACUAUAAAAUUAGAAAUUAUUAAGCUAAAUAAAAAUUGUUUUUGGAAAAUGAUUUCAUUCUGGAGUUAUUAUUAAUGAAAUUCUGUGCGCUAUUUACUUCCCCCAUCAGUUCUUAUAGUCAUUAUGUUAUGUGAUUAAAUUAUUUAUUUAUCUUUUGAAAAAAAUAAAAAAUGUUCCUCUAUUUUUUAUUUGAAAGGAAAUUACCUGUCUAAAUGGACUUGUAAAUAUUUUUGCAUGCAUGUAUAUUAAGA